GUAACUUUAGACACUUUUUGUGUUCUGUGAUCCUAACCUAAAAACCGCACAUUUCAACUUAAAUUUUUGUGAAAAUCAAUUUUUUGGAAUGGUUUUUACGACCGCAGUAAAUUUUAUAAGAGCCAGAGGUCCCGAUGAGUUUUGGCGUAAACGUAAAAUAUUUAAAAUAGCCGCCGCAUUUCAAGGCAGAAAAAGAAAUUGUUACAGUAUCGCAAUCCGUUAUGUUCAUAGAGCGUUGGUUUACGCAACAAAAGGACGUCAAUUAAAGAAAGCAGACAUGGCAAAUCUGUGGGAAACAAGAGUGACCGCAGGGUGUGAAGAGCACGGUUUACCUUACGCAGAUUUCAGGGAAGGUUUAACAAAGUCAAAUAUACUCUUAAAUAGGAAAACACUAGCUGAUUUGGCAUGUUACGAACCUCAUUCAUUUAAAGCAUUAACAAAUAUUGCUAAGCAAGCUUCAGUAGAAGGUAUUGCUGGUUUAGCAAAAGCCCCUCCACUUUCAGGUGUCAGAAAUAGAAGUAAUUUGAAGUAAAUACUCCAUGGUACCAAAUUUUAGUUUGUUAUUAGUUAAAUUUUUGUUAAUAAUUAAUUUGUAAGUAAGA